CUGCUCACGCAAAGAGAAAACCUAGCCUUAUCUUCUCAUACACACUCCCCCAAUCCCCUCUCUCUCCCUCCCGCAACCUCCCUCGCGCCGGCGCCCCAAACCGCCACAUCCCCUGCGCCGCCGCGUCCUCUCCCCGGCGACUCCCGAUCCGCAGCUCCCCCAUCGCCCCUGCCUUCCUCUGCGCGCCGCUGCUCUGGGUCGCGGCCACCGCGUUCCACCACCACCAGCAGCACGGCGGCCGUGCGGGCCCGCUUCCCUUCCCUCCAUGGCCGACCCUCUCCUCCCCCCACCUUCUCCCUCCCGCCCCGACCGCCAACCUCCAACGUCGCCCUGGUCGUCUUGCGCCCAUUGUGCUGCCCCUCCCGACCCCGCGUCGACGGAUCUGGGCAACCACGCCGGCGUGCCCUUCCACGAGCUUUCCCGGCGCGACCCCACCACGAGCUGGUCUGGCCCGACCCUGCUACUUCAACAACUAGACGGUGGCGAGCUCCGUUCUCUCCUGCAUCGGGGUCGCGAGCUCCGUUCACGGGCUCACCGGAUCUCACGAUUGGGCGCUGGCGACAUGCUCUCCUGCUCGUCCCCCAGUGUCCUCGCGAGCACUAUACCAGCCCCUCAGUUGCCGGCCACAGCGCCCCCAUUUCCCCCAGGUGAGAAACCGUCGGGAGAGGCAACUGCCACGGCGCGCCACUCCUCCAAUCGCACAACGGUCCCACCCCGCGACGCCGGACUCCAUGGCUCUGGCCUCGCCUCGCCCCGGGUGCGGCCACAGCCCCUGCCCGGUGACGCCCCUCCCAAAUCUGGCGAGAUCGACGCCACGCCGAGCCACCACCAUCCGAGCGCGCCGCCCACUGUCGUCCCUAUCUCACCCCCCUUCUCCAGCAAACCUUCUCCGGUGGAUCCUGCCGCGUGUGCAAGCUACCACAGAUCCUGGGUUGCCUCUAGAAACACGUCGACGUCCAGCGUGACUCCAGCACCCCUGUGCACUCCCUCAACAGGCUAUCAUCCAUGGUUUAGCGUUGUGUUUUAUCUGCUAUUCGUUGAAGUGGAGGUCCUGGCAGAUCAAUUCAAUGCAGUUUUGGUCACAAAAUAAUGACCAGCCACAGAUUCACAAUCGCGCUCCAGAUCGCCAGGAGCGAGCUGUCCCUCCUCCCCUUGCAGUCUGAGCAUCUGCAGACUUGAAGUGCGCCUGGCCGCGCGAUGCGGUUCACCGGGGCAUGGCGGCGCAUGGCCGUGCAGCCCACUAUUUGAAUUUUGUUUGUGUUUUGAGGUGGUUCACGUGGCGUUGGCAUGCAGUGCGGCACCCAUGUGCGUGCAGUCCACGGAGAUAGGGGGCAGGACGACGGUGUUUUUUUGUGUAUUUUGCUCACGGUGGACAUUUUUCCCUUUUUCAGGUUUUUGCUGCGAUCCCAUGGCCACACAGGUGCAAUGCUGUGAGGGCUGGACAUGCAGUGCGCCGGGGCCGGCUUGCAUUUCAUGGACAAAAAUGUGGAUUUAUUUUUUAAGUCCUUCGUCAUUGUAAUAUGUGUACUGUUGAUUAAAAAGAGGAUCACUGCAGUUCGUUCGCCUCGUCUCGUAGCCCAGAGAUGUAUAGAUGGCAGCUCUCUCAAAAACAUGCAUUGAAGGAAACAACAAAAACCUUUUUUAGUGCAGCUCACUUGUUUCAUUGGCGCAGUGAUCUCUCUCCCAGCGGUUCACUAUGUUGCCAGGUGCAAAAGCAAAUUGGAAGAAGUUGGUUUUUCGUAAUGCAGCUCACUCUGUUGUUGUGUGCAGUAGAAAGAAAAUUGGAAAAGAGAAAUUGAUUCAAUACACUCACCUCA